ACCAGACGCUCAUUUGUAGCUUAGCAUCAGUACCGAUUCACCAUUCUUCCAAACACUUUCCGAUCGGCAACUCGCGAACCAACAAGUAGCUCCACAAUGGCUACUGCCCUUAAACUAAACCUCAAGUUGCAUUCGCACUCAAUAUGUUUCUUACUGCUGCCAAUACUAUUUGUUCUUCAGGCAAAGUUGAUCUUCGCCUGUAAAAGUGAAAUCUAUUGCCGGGGCGAGUUGCUGGAUACGGUGCAAAUGGCUAAAAUUUUUAAUGACUCCAAGACUUUCGUGGACAUGAAGAUGAAAUACGAUGAGAACAAAACUAUGGAAAAAUUUUAUGAAAUGAUGAAUGAAAUAGAGCCAAAUCAGCCAAACCAGACUACAAUCAAACAGUUUGUUAAUAAUUACUUUGAACCUGUUGGUAAGGAAUUCAUACCAUGGAUACCGGACGAUUGGAGACCAGACCCAGAAUUUUUGAAUAAAAUAUAUGAUGACAGUCUAAGACAGUUUGCAGAGGAAUUGCAUAUAUUGUGGAAACAACUAGGAAGAAAAAUGGAUCCAAAAAUCAAAGACGAAGAAGAAAAGUAUUCCAUAAUAUACGUAGAAAAUCCGGUGGUAGUGCCUGGUGGUCGCUUUAGAGAAUUUUAUUAUUGGGAUUCAUACUGGAUCGUUCAAGGUCUAUUAUUAUCUGAAAUGCAUCACACGGUUAAAGGUAUGCUUGAAAACUUUUUGGGUUUAGUGGAUAAAUUUGGUUUUGUGCCCAACGGUGGACGUAUAUAUUACGAGCGUUCGCAACCACCACUUUUGACGCCAAUGGUGAAAAGUUAUUUUGAUAAAACAAAUGAUUUAGAGUUUUUGAAGAAUCAUACGCAUACUUUGGAGAAGGAACUUAAUUUCUGGUUGUCGAAACGAACAAUAACUGUACCUGCUCAUAAUAGAAAUUAUACUGUUGCUGUGUAUAGCCAGACUUUUCCUGGACCGAGACCAGAGUCGUACAGGGAGGAUGUGAUGAGUGCUCAAUUUUUCAACGAAGCUGAUAGAGAGAAACAUUACAAACAACUGAAAUCUGCCGCCGAGUCUGGCUGGGAUUUCUCAUCGAGAUGGUUCGUGGCAAAGGACAAUACCCAUAAUGGCAAUCUGACCGAUUUGAAGACCAGCACCAUCAUCCCAGUUGACCUGAACUCCAUUAUCCAAUGGAAUGCCCGACUAAUUUCAGAGUUUUACUGCAUCCUAGGAAAUAAAUCGAAGCACGAGUAUUAUAAGAAAGUUGCUGAAGAAUUUAAAGAAGUUUUAGACACCUUAUUGUGGAAUGAUGAAUAUGGUGUUUGGAUGGACUACGAUUCAGAAAAUAGAAUAUCUAGACCUUAUUUCUACCCUUCGAAUCUUGCUCCUUUGUGGACUCAAAGUUAUAAGGACGUUGAGUGUGGGAGUGGUAAAAGUUUGGGAGUAGACAAGAAUGUGCAGGAUAGGAUUGAGAGGGUUUUGCGGUAUUUAAAUAGUCCAGAUGUAGCAAUAAAAAGCUACCCAGGCGGUGUACCAACCACUUUAUUGAAUACAGGAGAGCAAUGGGACUUCCCAAAUGCCUGGGCACCUCUUCAGCAUAUGGUGAUCCUGGGAUUGGACAGCACAGAUAAUCAGGAAGCUAAGGAUUUGUCAUUUGAUCUUUGCCAGAAAUGGGUCCGAUCAAAUCAUAAAGCUUACUUGGAAACGAAUCAUAUGUAUGAAAAGUAUAAUGCCACACAUGCUGGGGCACCAGGAAAUGGCGGAGAAUAUGAGGUCCAGCUUGGUUUUGGCUGGACGAAUGGUGUCAUAUUAGACCUUCUUAAUAAAUACGGAGAUCGACUGAGCUCUACAUCAAAUUCGCUCACAUCAGAUGGUUCGUCGUAAAUCUUUUGGAAUAAUCUUGAAGACUGUGAAAUUAGUGAAAAAAUUACUACUAGAAGAAUAUACGAGUAUUAAGGGUAUAUAUAGCGUAGAUGACUUUGCUAACUAUUUAUUUGUGUGAACUAUUUAAUUUGUAUUUUACACUAUGAUCAUUUUUAUUUAAUUUUAUAUCUUCAUGCCUCAUUAAGAAACUUAUUAUUAAGCACCUAAAGUAAUUGUUUCUUGUAGAAAAUAUUAAUUUAUGAAUUCUGAACUAUAUUGUAUUUUUACUGUAAAUUAUAUACACAAUUUGUGAUUUUUUCAAUGUUCAAAAUAUUGCUUCACUUGUAUAAUAUGCAAUAUAAACAAACAGCCUGUAUCUU